AGUUAAGUGUCGAGCAUUGCGGAAAGUUAAAAGUGCAUACGCAACGCUUCACUUGAAUUUCCCUGAUCAUUUCUUUUACAAAAGGAAAAGGUCGGUGCGCAAAUUUCACCCCGAUUCACUUCCGCCGUAAUAUCGUUUCAGGGCCCCUAUUCCGCGUUUUCUUUUCAUAUUUACCAAGGGAAUACGCUUUACACGAAAAUGCUUCUAUAGAAUACUACACUUGCUGGAUACUGCAAUAGUGUUGCGCAUAUAAUGUUGAAAGAGUCAUUUUUAACUCAAAGUCAAAGUCGGUUUCAGAGAUGGAGGAUACCAUCCACAAAACCAAAUACUUUGCUCUCGAAUAAGGUAUCGAAACGUAUAAUCUGAUAUAAAACUAAUCAUUUCGAUGUAAUAUAAAAGUACUUAUUAAGAAAGUAAUAGCACUUUAUAGAAAAUAAUAUUUAUUAAUGAUACCGAUAUCAAUUACAUAGCUCGCAUCCGUUUAGUAACUUCGAUGUUGUAAAAGAAAAAUGUUGUAAACUUUAGUAAUUGUAACGACUGCUUUCAAUUACAGAUAAAAAUUUCUAGCUAACCAAUGCUAAUCAGUGCCAGAUCUAAUUAGUGAAUAGUUGCUGCUUCUUGAUACCAUUAUCUCAUUGAGACUCGGAAAUCUGAAUCCAUCAAUGCGCCGAGCGUAAGAAAGUGAAGUAUGACACAGCAGUCUUCACAAUCUUGAAAAAGAACGGUCAGUAUUAUUAUAGACGACGGAAAACCGCAUUUGCGAGGAUCGUAAAUGUCCGCUUUCCUCUCCCAUCGUGUUACGUUUUCAUUGUUCUGUUGAUGCUACCUAUACGAAAAUGCGACGAUAUAUGAUGCAUACAGUUAUUACACGUGGAGCGGCUUCUAUUGUGAAAGCAUCUGUCGUUCCGCCGUCGGUCGUCGCGACGAUCCGAGCGCCAAACAGGAAGAAAGACAGGGAAAUCGGAAAUUGAAAAUUAAUUUCUGCAUGUCACCACCGCCGCCGCCACGAUCAGAUGCAACCUUUUCAAAUUAUUAUUGCUGCGAACAAACCAGCACUUGACGAAAAGUUCCAAAAUGUACAAAGUACAUCUACUAACAUGUCAACAUGAGUGUUGCAAGUUUACCUUAUCACAAUUAAAAAGUUGGUUGUUCUUGGCCACUUUUUCGGCAAUCUAUCCCACUGCGCGCCGGCCGCUUCUCGGCGGGUCGCGGAGGUAAAACGGACUCGCGGCGCGGGCGUGCCUGUGGAGCGGAUGUCGAAGAACCAGAAGAGAAGAGGGGUAGAUACAGAAGGAGCCCGAAUGAGCCAGUGCCAGGUGUACGUAUCGCCCAUAGGGAUAGGUAGAAAACAAGGUGGGAACCAUAUGUUGAUCUGCUGACGGGCGCUCUGGCACGCGCCAGGCGCACUCAAACUCGAGCCUUUACACCGCGAGGAUCGGGCUGUGGUGUCCACCUUGGCGUUCUCCCGCCAACUUGAUCGAACGUCUGACAGUUCGAUCUCGAUGUUCUUUUCACGGUCCACGUGUAGAAGAUGUUCGCUACAAGGAGCGCAGUGAACUGAGAUACUAUCAGCGAAGAUAAAGUUCGCGCGAGGAUCCGAUCGGGUUGAUUUCACAUAGGUGAUGUGUGCUAUAAGUACAUGCGGUAUUCUUCACGCACAAGAAGCCAUCUCUCAAUAUCUUUAUCGGACAUAUUUCGUUUGACGCAAUGGAAUCAUUUAAUUCGGUGUGUAUUAAGCAUUAGGACCGUGAGAACACCAUUUUUAAAGAACCAUCCUCGAAGAGCCACCGCUUGACUGCGUUGACAAACUCAAUGGAAUGUGAAUCGAUGAUAACGAACAUUGUGUUUCAACCCCCUCUUCAGUGUGAGAAAAUUUGACGUGGAAAUGAAGAUCGAGAACGUCGAGAAGAUUUGACGUAGAAAUGAAGAUUACACCUAUACAAGAAUCUAGGGCUUGCGAAAAGGACUUUCCCGCUACGGUUCAUCUCACCUUAUGAGACGCAGCUUUGAUAAGGCACUGUACUGUGCUACGCAUAGAGAUAUUUUCUCAUUGUGCCAAGUCGAUCGAGUAACUCUUCCAAACCGACCAUGGCCUUACUAUCGAAUCAUCACUGCAACUAUCAAAACACGCAAUCUGACAUGUUAACACCCGCGUAUCCGAAUUCGAUGAGGAGCUACGACCCUCUGUACCCGUCGCCAUACAACUCCCCGAACUACGAGUCCACGAGAAUCGCGUAUCGUGACAAUUGCACGCACGAGAGCGAACUUACGCCGCGAAGAGAUGUCGAGACGCUGGACUACGCCAAGGACAUGGUAUCGGAGUACACGAAGACUCCGGAGGAAUAUGAUCGAGGACCCUACGGCGUCCUGACGCCCGUCACUCCGCAGAGAUACGAACCGCCACACUCGAUGGAUCAGACCACGUCGCCGCGAUCAACAUUGUACGAGGAAAGCUCAAUGGACUAUCAACCGUACUGCUACGAGACGCCUCCUCAGGAAGCGAGAUACCAACCCCUGGAGAACAGCAAGCCGAUCCUCACAAUCGUCGAACCUCGCGCCAAUUGUUGGGAGCCUAUCAUCUCGACGCAGAGAAUGACAUCGACGCCGCCGGUGAGUCCGCGGAAGGGUAGACGGAGAUCCCGCGACGUGCCCCCGUCGCCGACAGUACUAAAGCGUCGACGUCUCGCUGCGAACGCACGCGAACGGCGUCGCAUGAACGGUCUAAACGACGCCUUCGACAAGCUGCGCGAGGUCGUACCGAGUCUCGGAACCGAUCAUAAACUGAGCAAGUUCGAGACCCUACAGAUGGCACAAAGCUACAUAGCCGCUUUGUGUGAUCUCCUACAGAGACACGAUAGCAAGAGAUAGAGACGGAUCUCGAAAUCGAAGAUGCAAGUAUGCUUUUUCAAUAUUCUGGCACCGUUUUUCGAAAAAUGCAUUUAUCUGAAUACCUGAUCCGAUAAACCUGAUUUAGAUAAAUUCUGCGGUCUCUAAUCACAAUUUUUCCUUUUUUAUAAGAAUUUAAAUGUCAUUUACAUUUUAAUUACAAGUUUAAUUUUCUUUGGCUCUAAUAAAUGGCUUGGACCAUCAUUGUACUAAAUUCUUAAAUUCAGAAUAUUGAGAAAUUAGUCACUAUAAAGUUUAACGUGUUGGAAAUAUUUAUUAUGGAUAAAAUUAAUUAAAGAAACAAUUGUUAGCCAAAGUUAAUUUAUCAUGUAAUCUUGAGAUGUAAAAUUAACAAUAAAACGCACAGAUAAUAUUUUAAUGCUUAUUUAAAGCGUAACAAAUUAUCUAUACUGAUUGUUAUACAAAAUGUAAUAAGACUGAACUGCACAAGCGGUACAGAAGGCCUUCUUAACUCUAUCAUAAUUUGUGUGAUCUAAAUAAUUAUAUAUCUGAUUAUAAGACUUAAGCAUUUUUGCUAAUGACUAUUUCUAUUAUUAUGCGAAGAGUGAUUUUAAAUGGCAAUAAGUUAUUUAACUACGAUUUGACAUAACAUGCUGACGAUUUUUUUAAACAUACUUAUAUUUUUAUAAUCUAAUUUGAAAUUUCUAAUACAUUUUCGCUUUAAAUUAAGAUGAUAUCGACAACAGUUUCUUCUUUUCUUUUUUCUUUUUUACUUGAGUGUGCAUCGCAAAUGCAAUAGCGAAUAUGCGUAUCUCUGUAUUUUUUUAUGUAUAUUAGUAUAAGAUAACAAAAAAGAAACAGCUAAAGAUCCAAAGACUAAGCGCGAUAGUAACAAAAGAAGCCCAUUGUGUGCUUAUGCGUUUGCUCGUGUGUGCAGUGUUUUAAAUACAUAUUAUGUUUAUUUGUAAGACAGGUAAUCCAUCAUAUUCUAUCUCAAUCUAUAUUAUCGACUCUGAAUUUUUAACAAGAAGCGAAGAUAUAAUUUUUCAAUUAUUUUCAUCAAAGAAAAUUAAACUGUACAUUGUAUUGCUAUAUAUCAUUGUAUUAGUCAUGAAUCGUUUUAUUUACUUUAGUUAGCGGAAAUAAAUUUACAUUUAAGAUUAAUGCUGUUUUUUGACGAAUCGUAAAACUAAAUUCAUUGUGAAUUUAUAAUUACUGUCGUAUCUAGUCAAGAUUACAAUUAUCAACUCUGAUCAUUUUUAAGUGAAAACACCAAAGAGAAGCAGAAGAAACUUUGUAAAGAACAAUAAUAAUAAAAUCGUGUUCAGACACUUAUUGUAUAACCCGCCAAAGAAAUGUUUAUAAAUAACAAACGUGUAUAUUUAACAAGUGGCUAUUCGUCAUUAGUUCAUAAGCGUUAAGUUCAUUACAUGAAAAUAAUUGUAAUAUUAAUUGUAUCAAAUAAUAAUAUGGUCCUGUACACUAUUGUAAAUAAAAAACAAUGUUCAUAAGAGAAUAAA